GGAGGAUAAAGAGAAAAGAAGAAGAAGAAGAAACUGUCAGAUGAGAACAGCUCUGUUCUUCACCUCUCUCUCUCUCUCUCAGUUCUUCAGUAGCGUCGCUGCCUCGCUCGCCCCUCUCAGGGCUGCUGCUGCUCCUCGCUCGCCCGUGUCUCUGUGCGAUUCCUGAGGAGAGAGAGGUUGGAUGGAGCCGCUGCCCACAGACUGCUGCUGUUUACGCUGCGGCAUCAUGGGAGCUGUAGUUUCCCAGGCAGCGCAGGAGGACAGCUGAUUGGCAGAGGGACUGAGGGUCAUCAGAGUUUGGGGAUGUGAGCUGGUGGGCGGACGAACCUCAGCAAACUCUCUCUCUCUCUCUCUUCUCUUUGUCUUCCCAUUCUCUUGCUCUCUAUUUGACCCUUGUUCUCCCCGAUUCCUCCGUCUUCACCUCUCUCUGUGGAUCCCUUCAUCUGAGCUCUCAGUCUUUCCUUCUCUCCCUCUCAGUCUCACCAUCCUUCUGUUUUUACCCUUCGUCCCUGCAUCUAUCUCUCUCCUCCUAACUUCUGCCCAUCCGAGGAGAAGUCAGGAUGGGUUGUCGCUUCACUCGGAUCAAGGCCAAGACUCGAGAGCCUCCUCCCCCCCGACACAGGGAGGAGCUGCACUAUGUGGACGAGUAUGGCCAGCCAAUCACCGUGCAGGUAGAAGGGAGACGGGGACGUGGUGACAGGAGGCGCCGCUCCCGUUGUGCCAAUGAGUGCAGCGCUCCGACAGAACGGCACUGGGAGGCCCUGAGAGCCAUGGGAUUGAUGGAGGGAGAGGAAGGUCAGGGAGACGCCUACAGCGCAGGGCCCUACUAUGGUCACAUGACCGUGUCACCUGACCUUUACUCGGCCAAUAGUCGCAUGAUGAUUCCUCCUGAUGUCUACGCUCACAGCGGCUACCUGCCCAGGUCUUCAAACGACCAGCAUCCGGGGAACAGCUACCUGCCGACCGUCUCCUACAGCUUAGACCACCUGGACAGACUCGACUACCAGGUGGCUCCAGAGAUGUCGCCCUACCAGCCGAACUCAGAGAGCUGUCUGAUUGGCUGCUACAACACUGAAGAGAUGGAGCCAAAGAAUUUCCCCAGACAGUCUGACUAUCCUCAUCCCUGGCGGCCUGAUCGUCCUUUCGGAUACCUUCCACUUAGUGAGCUUGACAGCGGGCUAGGUUGUGGACCCGAUAGCCCCGACCACCGGAUGGCGCUCUCUGAGGCCGAGACGGACGCCAUGUCAUCGCUGCCAGGCCACACCGCUUCCUCCCAAGGCUCCUCCUCUUCCUCAGAAUCCCUAACCUCCUCUGAACCCAGCGACUCUGGCUUCCACAGCGUCAGCACCGGGGAACACAGGCGGCUGCACAAAAUUCAAGGGAGCCACGGCCAUCGGCAGUCUCAUCAUCUCCGCACAGGCCACUCCCCUCGAGAGCAGAGAGGACGCUGGGAUUUGGAGUCCAUCCCUGAAACAACUCAGAUGAGUCACCCUGGAGCCCCACUCGCUUCUCGCUGCACAGUGGGUAACAGCACAACCACAACAGUUCACUUCCACAGAGCUGAGCGGAGUCCCACCCGCCACCGAUCACCAGCCUCCCCCUCCAUCGGUUGCCAUACUGAGCCCUGCCAACGGAGAGCGCUAUGGUUGGAGCAGCAGCAGGGAAGAGGUGGGACGAUAGAAGCUCCGGGCCGGAGUCGAACGAUACAAGAUUUGACUGAGGGACAGCGCGCCCGCAGGGCCAGUCACCCGAAUGUGACAGAUCCAAACACUCUGAGUGACAAACUCGAGAACAACCAGCCAGGUACAGCCAGCAACACUCUGGGGCCAAGGAGCAGGGCCAGUUAUCCCAGUAACUGCCACCCCACCAGUCACCUCAGUACAGACAGAACCAGUCUCACCAAUCAUCAGAACUCGUUGAGAACCAGCCAAGGCUCCAUUCGGAGCAGAGAGGAGGACUCCCUCUCCAAGAGUCCUGGAUCUGGCUCCAGUGGAGCCUCAGACUGGCGAGGCUUUCAGACCCUUGGGAGUCGCUCAGGCAACCUUAAAGGUUCUGUUCCUUUUUACAGCACACUGGGUGCACCACAGCGGAGGCCUCACUCUCCCCCCUCUCCCCGCUCCAGACUGUCCAAUCAGAAGUCAGUCAGGAAUCAGCUGCUCAGAGCCCGAGCUUACCGCCUGGCUAGGGAGCGCAGUGAGGUCACAACAGAUGAGGAGGUGCGAGGAGACGGGCGGAGACAACGGGAGGAUGAAGGAGAGGACGGCAGAUUGAUGGGUCGAUACUGUAGCCGGACGGAAAGGAGACGUCACCUGGCGCAGUCACGGCAGCACAGGGAGAGAAGAGGAGGGGAGGAGCUGGCCGGAGGCGUUCAGGGGUCACUGUCGUCUCAGACGGUGCUGGAGCUGAGCCACAUGAAGCAGAACCGGCUGAGGAACAGAAAACUGCUCGAUGAUUGGACAACAGUGGAGGAGCUCCUGACUCAUGGGACCCGAGUGGAGAGUGACAGUCAGCUCUGUCCCAGCCCUCUGUUAUCGGUUACUACUGUCUGACUGCUCGCACACAAUCCGACCAUCAGUAACUGAGACCUCCUAACUACCACAGGUCCAGAUUCACUAAAGGUUUGUGUGGUUAAAGUUAACUUCAACUAAAGCUACCAAAUCAGUUAGACGUGUUCGUGACUGAGCACAGUGAUCAAUACAGCAAUCACCAAUCAAUUACAGAAUUCAUUACAUUAUCUAAAACACGUUAACAGAAAUAUAUCAAGGACGGACUCAAUUUGCAACAUUUAGCAACACACUGUGAAUAUUGUUAAAUAUCAGGGAUCUUACAGAGAGAAUCAUGAAGGAAAGGAACUGGCUCGUAUGUGAGUGUGAGAAGAAACCUUUUGGAGAGGCGGCUCUCAGGUUCGUUGGUCUUGGAUUGUGUUAUUGCUAAAAUAAUUAAUCUCAUGGCCUCAUUGUCAAGUUUCUUGCUAUGAUAGCUUUCGGUAGCAGGUUAUGCUGCGUUCAUUUCAUAUCUAUUACUUAAUAGAUAUGAUGCGGGAGAUGCUGGGAAUUACUGACAGGAACGAUAUUUACCAGCUGCUACAGACAUUUCACCAAACUGCUCGAAAUUAAAUUAGAAUGAAUCCAAUAUUAAAAUUUGCUAAUUUUACAAGACCCAUACACGGUUUAGUUUCACUUAACAACAAACUGGACCAAUGACUGAAUAUAAACAUACACAACUUCACAGUUCUCAAAACUGAAGCCAAAAGCAUUUCGAUUGCCCCCUGGUGGCUGACUGCAGUAUCAGUCAUAAAACCUGCCUGAACUAAAAUAGUAGAUGUUAAAUAAAUGUUUCUCAAAGAUGGUUUCUUUCAUUUCAGGUCGUUCUUAUCACACUUAUGUUCAAGUGUUCAUGUUUCUGAUCACUUCAGUUUUAAUUAGUUAUUUGAUGAUAUAAAAACAGGCUGAGAUGAUUGACAGCUGAAACUGACUCGCGAUUGGUCGAGCAGACCUCGAUGUCGUCGAUCCAUCCCCCGUUUGCUGACGCUAAAGUUCGUUCGAUAUUCGGAUUUUAUUUAAAAAAUAAUGAUAAACACAAAACAAAAGUAGCUAGCUUAGCGAUAGAGCUAACCACCUGGAACAAAUCUGUGAACACCCAUUUUCCUGCUCUUCCUAUUAUGUUGAUAUUGCAUGAAUGCAGCAUUAGCUCCCAGGCUAAUUAGACAACUUGCUACUGAGGUAGCUGUUUGCUAAUUGACUUGCUAGGUGGUUAGCUCAUUAACUAACUUUAUGUUUGAAUGAAGAAGUUUCAGAGAUCCUCAGUUUAUGGUUGACCAGGGAACAAGUCAAUAUAAUCUAUAAAUGUAGCUCAAGAAAGAAAUGCUAUAAGAAUACAAGCAUUUUAAAAUACUAGUGUCCCGUUCUCACUGUACUUAAAGUUUGUCUGGAGCCUCACAGUCGAACACAGAUGAUUACAUAUAUGUCACCUGGACACAGCAGUUGCACAUAGUUGGAUCUAAAAUUACAAAAUCAAAGUCCCAUUGUAAUCUCAGUGAAUCUGGAUGUUGUGUUGUUUAGGACGUUCAAAUGGCCAAAGAUAACACCGGGGCUCAGGAGGGAUAACAUGAGAUCUUUUAGAAUCGGUCUGAAAAGAAUCUGUGACGAGGUCUGUACCAGUAUCAGCUGGGUUUCUUUCACUGGACGGACGGAUUCCACACACACCAGCCUGACUGUGACUGGUACGAUACAUCACACCACUGAUUGUGUUGCCUUGUGGAAAAGUGUCUUCACCUCCUUUUCUGGUUUAUUGCCUUUGUGUCCGUCUCUUUGUGCCAGAAAAUGUCAAAGUCUCUGAAACAAACUGUUUGGACGCCCUGCUCGCUGUGAGCCUGUCACAGGACUCCUGCACCUUUACGAUCAAACUGUUGCUGUAUCUAGUCGCCACUUUCACUGGUGGUUUACUGUUUUAAUCUUCAUGCACUCACACACACAGUGAAUAUGACUCUUCAGGCAGUCGGGCUCAUGUGUGUAACCUGGUUUCUGUUUUAGAAGACGUCUGUUUGUCUGAUUACUGCAGUAAAUCUGUUCAGCUCAUGUUGUGCCACAUGUCAUGAAUCAGAAAUCACUUCAUAUUUAAAGGAAUCAUUUGACAGUUUGGUAAACAACACAGAUGAGGAGACAGAGAGUCUUUCAUGUCUGUCAUUUAAAUCUGAAGCUAAAGCCAAGAGACAAUUCGCUGAGCUUCGUGUAAAACGUUCAUUCCGUCAGAAUCCCAACGUUCAUUUGGUGCAUUUGAACUGGUGUUGAGUCCUGAAGCUGCUGAUGCUGGGAGUAAUAACAUAAUGACGUUACCAUGGCUACCAAAUGAACUGCGUCAUUCACUUUCUCCAUUCAAACAGAAACUGUGUGUGACUUUUAUCUUUAAAGACAUUACAGUUCCAUUAACCUUUAUUUAUACAUGAAGUUCAUUGAGGGAGGUCCUGAUUCACAGUGACGUCCAACACAUUUAAUGGAUAAAUGUGAAAGUGACGUCAAUAUUCUCGUAUAAUUAUUUUAUUUUCCAAAAUGUCAAAUUAUUCCUUUAAUAUGUUUCCGCUUCUGACAUUUGUAAAAUGUUGCGAUCUGACGUGUGAACACAUGAACUACAUGUUGUGACAUGUCACUGUGUUCGGUGCUUGGUUACAACAUUUUAAUGUUAAUCCAGCUCGUCAGGUUUUCAGUGAGGAAAUUCAGGUGGGUUUAUUUUUUUCAUGUGAUUUCGUGUGAGUCUGUGAGGAUUAAACUCGUAAAUAUCGAUAUCUCUGUCACGAUGAAGGCGACUAUGAACUAAUACUGUGUGAUUACAGAGGAAGAGGUGGAAGAUUCAUUUGAAAAAUGUUAAUCAGGUUCAAUGUUCUGAUGUAAUAAUGUGUCAUAAUGAAACUGUUCAAUGCAAUUUUCUUAAAUACGAGAAAAUGCUGAUUUAUUUUCAUAUUCUGUUGGAGGAAGUGAAUUCCUGGAAACGUGAAUCACAAAGUAAAUGAAUAUAUUUGAGGAUUUCUUUUUUAAACAGUGUGUGUGUGUGUGUGUGUGUGUGUGUGUGUGUGUGUGUGUGUGUGUGUGUGUGUGUGUGUGUGUGUGUGUGUGUGUGGAAUAUGGUUAGUUAGCAUACAGAGUUUGGUACUAACUUGUUCGUAGUGUUUAGCCAAAAAUUGUAUGACUUUGGUUUGUGGACAAUCUAGAAACUUAUCACUGUAUAAUGUAAAAGUAUAUUUAUAUACUUAUUAUUUUAUAAUGACAGUAGUUUUUUAUAUUUUAUUUUUGCCUUUAGUAGAUUAAUUCUGCUUUUCUCCGACAUCUUGCUAAGCUAGUGUACGUAGAAGUUAGUGUACAAUCAACUGUUAGCAUACACUGGAUUUAUUAUUGCAUCGUAAACCUAGCAUGCUAACUCAAACAUUAACACAGAUCACUGUAACUGAAGAUGGACGACAAGACAGCGGCACAAAAGUGAUGCCAAAACAUCUGGAUCGCCCCCUGGAGGCGGCAAUAUGGGUCAUAAACCCCUCCUCCCCCAUGUUAGCAGACGGGACAUGGACCAAACAAAAAAAUCUAAUUACAUGAUAAAUGAAUGUUUAGAUGGUUUCUACCUCACUGUUCACGUGUUUCUGAUCAGUUUGGUUUUAAUCAGUUAUUUGAUGAUAUAAAAUCCAUGAUAUUUUGGCUUUAUAUUUAUACAGUCGGAGGAAGUGGAGACGUGUCGUCCAUCUUUGUUGACAGUCAUUGAACAAGCAUGUCCAGGUUUACCCAAAGAACUGUGAGUGUUAAAUCAGUGUGUAUGUGUUUUUUCCACAGAACCGAAGUUUCGUAACUGAAUUAAAAUGACAACAACAAA